AUCGCUUAUAGAUAAGUGCUGCUGAUAACAGUAACAGUGGAAAAACGACGUUUGAAUUUUGAAAUUUUAACCAUGUACACAAUAUGCUGUAUGUUGAUAUUAUUCUUCUUCUAAAGAAUAUUUCCUUUAUAACUAUUAAUUUCCAAUAAUAUUAUAUUGCAUCAUAAAUUUUUUGAAUAAUUUUAUCGCAAACUUAAUUCAGUUAAGAUUGAUGCUUACAUUCUACUAAAAAAUGACUCAUAAACUACCCAGUCCUCAACAUUUAUCUGUUUUACGGAAGUAUUUUGGUCAUUCAACAUUCCGUUCUAUGCAAUGGGAUAUUAUUUAUUCAGUAUUAGAGGAAAAAAGAGAUUCUUGUGUUGUGAUGUCUACUGGUUAUGGUAAAAGUCUUUGUUAUCAAUAUCCAGCGGUUUAUUCAAACGGCUUAACUAUAGUUGUUUCUCCAUUAAUUUCUUUGAUGAAAGAUCAAGUACUUUCACUAGAGAUGGCUAAUAUUAAAGCAUGUCUCCUGGGCUCUGCGCAGUCUUCUAAAACUACUGCUUUGAACGAUUUAUUUUCUGGUAUUGUAAGAGUGUUAUAUGUCACACCAGAAUGGACAGCUACAGAAUCUGCGAAAGGCAUAAUAGAAGAUUUAAAAAAUAAGAUUAAAAUAAUAACUGUAGCUAUUGAUGAAGCCCAUUGUGUUAGUCAAUGGGGUUUUGAUUUUCGAUCUUCUUAUAGAAAUCUAGGAAACUUACGUAAAAUGUUACCAGAUGUUCCUUUUUUAGCAUUAACUGCAACUGCAACACCUAUGGUUCGACAAGAUAUAUGCAAUUCAUUGAACUUGAAAAAUCCUAAAUAUGUUUGCACUGGAUUUGACCGUAAAAACUUAUACUUUGAAGUUUUUUUAAAAACUAAAAGUAUUUUUUCGGAUCUUAGUAAACUUUUAAAAAAAGAUGGAUUAAAAAUAUACUUUGAUGGUGCAACUAUCAUAUAUUGCCCUACAAAAAAACAAGCAGAAGCUGUUGCUACAGAAUUAACUAGCAACAGAAUUCAAUGUGAUGUUUAUCAUGCUGAUAUUUCAUUAAGCAAAAGAAAUUUAGUACAUGAAAAUUUUGUUAAAGACAAGUUACAAGUAGUUGUCGCUACAAUAGCAUUUGGAAUGGGAAUUGAUAAACCAGAUGUACGUCGAGUAAUUCACUAUGGAGCUCCUAAAGAUAUUGAAUCUUACUAUCAAGAAGUUGGGCGAGCUGGCCGUGAUGGUCUACCAGCCUCUUGUCAUAUAUUUUUUAAUGAAGCAGAUAUUGUACUUAAUAGACACAUUAUUCUUUCAAACUUAACAAACAAUACUUAUCGAAAACAUAGAGAAAAAAUGGCCAAAGUAAUUGAACAAUAUAUGGAAACAAGGCUUUGCAGAAGAAAAUUGUUACUUUCCUAUUUUGAAGAUGCUUCCUCUUCAUCAAAUUAUGAAGAAUUUAGUGAAAAUUGUUGUGAUAACUGUACUCUCAGACAAUUUAACUGUGAUAAAAAACCCAAGAGCUCUUUUGAUCUUACUGAAGAUAUUCAGUUAGUAUUAAAAUCUGUUAAUGCUUUAGAUGGCCGUUUAGGAAUUAUUGCUUCUGUCUGUUUUAUUUGUGGUAAAAAAAGUGAUAAAUUAUAUCAACGACAUACAUCUCACUCUUUAUAUGGAAAAGGAAAAUACAAUACCGAGUCAUAUUGGAAAGCCUUAGCAAAAUUAUGUUUACGAGAAAGUUUACUUGUACAGAACCCUUGUAACUUUGGACAAGGAAGUAAUUUUUCAUUUCCUAUUAAUACUAUUGCAGUUUCUAAAAAAGGAGAGGAAUUUAUAAAAUUUGGCAAAAAUACUAACAUUGAAAUAGAUCCAUCUGAUGAGGUGAUAAAGUUAUACAAGUCAAAAUAUAUGAACAAACCUAAUAAUUUAACAAAAAAUCAAUGGGUUGGAACUUUAGAAAAACGUUUGCAAGAGCCUGUUAGAAAAUUUUCGCAUGAUAGUUUAACAAAUAAUAAAAAUAAAGGAAAAUACAGUGAAUUAGAAAACAGUUUAUACUCUUCAUUGGUCAUGUUUAGAACAACAUUAGCUCAACAAUCAGAUUGUAUGCCAUACAUGAUAGCUAGUAAUACAAUGCUUAUAGAUGUGGCCAAAAUUAAGCCCAAAAAUGUUGCUGAAUUAAAAAAAAUUGAUGGAUUUAAUGAGGCUAAAAUUGAACGAUUUGGUCCUGCUAUAAUUAAAAAAGUUGUUGAUAUCUGCAGCAAACAUGUAAAUAUAUUAUCUGAUGAAUCUAAUCAAUGUUCUACUAGUUCAAAUUUGAGUGAAGAUACCAAUGUGUGUGACAGUCUAUGGGAUGAUUGUAAUGAUGAUUUUCUUAAUGAUAUAACAGAAUUAAAUGAAUCUAUAGCAAUAGAUACAGAUAAUAAAAUAGAAACUAGUGAAAUUAUAACUAAUAAUAUAACAACUGAAACCAUAAAUACUCCAAAAAGAAAAUAUUGUUCAAUAGAGCCAGAAAAUUCUAUGAAAAGUAUUGAUGAAAUUGAGAAGAAGAAAAAAGAUAUGAUAAAAAAACUAAAGAAAAAUUCACUUUUUAAAUAAAAUAAUUUAUCUUCAAAUUUUUUUAAAUAAGGAUCAUUAUUAUGUAAAUAUUUAA